GUGUUGCUAAAAAUUAUUUCCGCUUUGCAUUAUUCUCUAAACAGGAUGAGGUUGUUUGAAUAACACAUUUUCACGUCUGAGCUGCUAAACCACGGUAAAGGCCUAAGAACAGCAACUGAUCGAGGACAUGAACUGGAUAUAUGUGCGUUAAAUCGGUGGGAUGAUGAUCUGCGCUCUGAUCGCGGUGCUUUGCGCUCUUUUGGCUGCUGAAAGAGCGACGAGUGCCACCAGCAAGUGCACGAGCACAGCGUGCUUCACUCUAUACAAACAACUAGAAACGUUCGAGAGAGCCAACGCGAGGUGUUAUGAAAACGGCGGAUACGUGAUCGCAAUAAAAGACAAUGAUGAUUUGGAAGCUGUGAAGUCGCUGCUCGCGUUAGACGGAAAUAUUUCAGUGCAGGGAAAAGUCUGGAUUGGACUGAAGCUCUCUAAAGGGAACUGUGUGCUCAGUGACGAGACGCUGCACGGCUUUAGAUGGAUCACCGGCGCCCCGGAGUCCUUCUACUCCAACUGGAGAAGGGAACCGAGGAGCACGUGCACUGAGGAUCGCUGCGUUUCGCUCAAUACUUCAACCAAGGAUCUGAAAUGGAGCGAUCGGUCGUGUAAAGAGCGCGCGCAUUAUAUCUGCGUGUAUUACUUUAGUGGUAUGUGCAAACCCUUGUUACUUGCGGGACCUGGAGAAGUUAAUUACUCACUUCCUUUUUUAAAUGGUCCACUUCAGCAAGAUGGAGGGUUGGAUAUGUUACCGUAUGGGACAUUUGCGGAAAUAAGUUGCGCUCCUGGGGUUGAUAGGAACACAUACACCGUGUGCAAACGAAGAGAUGCGCAUUACUUUUGGGAAAACCACGGCCCGUUUUGCGCCUCUGGGAAGCGAAGUUGCGACCAGAGAAACGGGGGAUGCCAUCAGCUGUGUGUUGAUGAUGAUGAUGAUGGCGGAGUGCAUUGUGAAUGUAAGGAAGGCUACUACCUCAGCGAUGAUAGAGUCACGUGUCUCCUUAAAGACGUAUGUUUCGGUUCACCCUGCGACCACCAGUGCGUACCAAACCCGCUUGGGUUUUCAUGCGCGUGUCAAAAUGGCUUUGAACUUUCCGAAGAUAAGGUCAGCUGUAAAGAUGUGGACGAAUGUACACUUGAUGUUUGUGAAGGCCAUAUAUGUCACAAUAAACAAGGGUUCGAGUGUGAGUGCAAGAAAGGCUUUAUGGAGGUCGGUGGUGUGUGCGAGGACGUAGACGAAUGCACAGAGCAGGUGUGUCCCCCUCAUACCACGUGUCUCAAUUCCGAGGGUUCGUUCUCUUGUGACUGCUCUUCUGGCUUUAGAAUGAAUGGAGAACUAUGUGUAGAUGUAGACGAAUGUCUGAAUCGGCCUUGUGAAGGUUUGUGCAGCAAUACGGACGGGAGCUACAGGUGCGCUUGUGGUCCAGGUUUCAUCUUAGCUGAGAACGGUAUCAGGUGUGUUCCAGAGCAAAAGCACACAACAACUUCUAAUUAUUUAGAAAUGAUUUCAAAUCGAGGUUUGGAUCAGGAAGCAGAUACAACUGUAAGCACAGAGACCACUGCAGGACCGCACCAUCGCGUGCGCAAAGAAGGCCUCGUUGUCGGUUCUUGGGUUUUGGUGUAUGCGUUGAGCUCAAUAAUCCCCCUUCUUCUCCUGAUUACUCUGACUGCGGUUAUUGCAGUGUAUCGCUGUAAUCGCUCUCGCAAAGACUCCAAGAAGACAAGUGUCACAGCAGACAGCUACUGCUGGGUGUCUUCUGAGUAUACAUCUCAACUAGAAACACAGCCAAACAGAAUUUACUGACUGGGACACACUUAUUACAGUGGACUGCAUUUGACAAUGUUACUUUGUUUUGGGUUUUUUUAUAUUACACACAUGUACUUUAAAUUAUCUGUAUGUUAUCUUUGUUUUUAAACAAGAAGACUUCACAUUUGAUUCAAGACAUUCCUACGGAUUCAAAUCACCUAUGAUCAAUAAUCUGUUAUGGUUAUAAUGCCAUUUUAUCAAAUGGCCCAAAUGAUAUACAUUGUGCCUGAAUAUCAAUAAGCACUAAAAAUGUGGUCUUAGGAACUCCUAAUUAUAUUUCACACCGACAGGGGGCGCACAGUCACCGUCUUAAAGAUAUGGUCAAACUGGCGAUUAUAAUGUCAAUGUAACUGCAAUUCACGUUUAUUUAUAAAAAUAAAUAAAUAAAGGUCCUAUUAAACACUCAGUAAUAGGAUGUGUACAAAAAGAA